CCUCCUCCCCCUCCCCUUUUUAGGAAGCUGCCUGGGCGCUUCCUUCUCUCUACCUGAUUUCCUCCCGCUCUGCCCUCCCCUCGCGCUCGCGCCACCGGGCUCGUGCGCGCGCGCGCGGGCAAGCUCCGGCCGGGCAAGUAAGCAAGCAAGCAGGCGGGCGGGCGGGCAGGCAGGCAAGGCAGGCAGGCAGGCGAGGAGGGAGGGAGGGAGGGAGGCGAGCAGGCGACCGAGUAGGAGCAACGACCCAGCCGGCGCCGCCGCAGCCAAGAUGGAGUCGCGGCUGGCGCGGCUGGCGCUGCAGGGAGCGAGCGGGCGCGCCUAGGGCUCCCUCCCUGCCUGCCUGCCGCAGCCUCGCGAGCCCUUCCUGCCGCCCCAUGGCCUGGCCUCCCUCCGGCGCCCCCUCGGGUCUCCCCUCGGCGGGGCUCCCGGGGCCACUCCGCCUCGGCCAGUGAGGUGGUGCUGCUGCUGCUGCUGGUGCCGCCGUCCGCGCGCGCGCGCCGGUGCGCCCCUCUCCUCCUCCUCCUCUUCCUCCUCAUCGUCCCCGCGUGUCGCCGCCGCCGGGGCCCCGCGCUCUGAGCCUCCCGGCCGCAGGAUGCUGCCGUCGCAGGAGGCCUCGAAGCUGUACCAUGACAACUACAUGCGGAACUCGCGGGCCAUCGGCGUGCUGUGGGCCAUCUUCACCAUCUGCUUCGCCAUCAUCAACGUGGUGGUCUUCAUCCAGCCCUACUGGAUCGGCGACAGCGUCAGCACGCCCAAGCCGGGCUACUUCGGCCUCUUCCACUACUGCGUGGGCAACGAGGGCAACAACCGCGAGCUCACCUGCCACGGCUCCUUCGCCGACUUCCGCAGCAUCCCCUCGCGCGCCUUCAAGGCCGCCUCCUUCUUCGUGCUGCUCUCCAUGGUGCUGAUCCUGGGCUGCAUCACCUGCUUCUCGCUCUUCUUCUUCUGCAACACGGCCACGGUCUACAAGAUCUGCGCCUGGAUGCAGCUGCUGGCAGCUCUCUGCCUGGUGCUGGGCUGCAUGAUAUUCCCAGAUGGCUGGGAUUCAGAGACCGUCAGGGACAUGUGUGGGGAGAAGACGGGCAAGUACUCGCUGGGCGACUGCUCCGUGCGCUGGGCUUACAUCCUAGCCAUCAUUGGCAUCUUGAAUGCCCUCAUCCUCUCCUUCCUGGCCUUUGUCCUCGGCAACCGGCAGAAUGACCUGCUUCACGAGGAGCUCAAAACAGAGAACAAAGAUUUUGUUGGCACUGCGAGGAUAUAAUGUAGAAGAGGCAGGAGGGCCCUUCUCUCCUUGGUAUCUGGAUUGAACUCUCUCAUCCUUCCUCCUCCCUCCCCACCUCCCUCACUGCCUUUCCUUCGCUGCUGCCAAUGGGGGGGAAACGUCCAACUCGAAGCCUCAGAAUCUGCAGACCUCACCUGCGUGCCACUUCCGGAGACACGUCCAUCCCUCAUGAAUUGCCAGCUUUGGCCUCUGCCCCCUCUGCUGAUUGGCUGCUGAUGGAGGAGAGUGUGACGCCGGUACCCCUACCCUUACCCCAAACCUACCACAUUGGGGGACGAGGCGAUGCGCACACUCCGACCUGGUGUUUCACAGAAGUGACGCCCCUGGGACUUUUUAACACAUUCUUUUCAAAGGGAUCCCAGCCUUUCCGGGAAAAGCUUCCAGGGCGUUUCCCAGCACCCUCCUUCCCAAGAACCAACCAAGAACUGGUGCCAAGACGCUACCGCUGCAACGGACUCUGCCAGGGCCACCUCCUUGCCAAGUCUUUCUCCAUUUUUAACCUUUCAGCAACUUUGCCCGCCCUCCGGCCCACGGGGGGGGCUGCCCGGCGCCUGAGACUGGCCCAUUUGAUACUUUUACAUGUAAAUUUAAAUUGUCUCUGAACAGGGUAAGGUGAGCCCGAAUCCCCACCCAGUUCCCUUUGGGGAUUUCAGCCACCAGAAAACUUUUGCAUUCUCCACUCAUCCUGCCCAGGUAAUGCAGCUGUACCACGAAGGGGGGACCGGGGUGGGGUGGCAGGAUCGGGGUUGGCUAGCUGGCUUCUCUCUCCAGCUGCCGCCGUGGGGUGCGACAACAUCUCCGCCUGUAGGGUGACUCCUCUAAACACUGAAUGUAACCCUUGGGCCUGGAGAGCGAGAGGUGGAAGGGGGUCGCAGCAAAGGUGGGAAGCAAAACCUCCCUCUUGCUUGCCAGCAGGGUCGGCACCUUGCCAGUUGAGUUCCGGGGUUCGUGCCAAAUAGCAUUUUCCUCGAACCUGGUGUCUGCUUGGGGUGGGGUCCAUGCUUUACUUCCCUGGCUGGAACCAAUAUUACAACUCGGGAGGAGGGCGAGGCAAAGAAGGAAGUUGGUCAGAGCAGCUCCCCUAACUCGGGAUAUAAUCCCAUAGGCAGGAGGAAUUUCUGGCUGCAGGAAUUAGUGCCCAAACACCCCACCCCACCCCGCUCUGGGAUGGUAUUCUGCGUUGUAAUUGCGAGAGGCAAAUGUCAGCAAACAACCUCACGACACCCUCCCCACCAGAAUUGUGAUCCUCCAUUCACGAUCUCCCCUGCUCUUGGUGGCAGCUGAAGACUAGGACAGAAAUGGGUCUUCUUAGACGUUUGGACAACUGUGCCCCCACCAUCCCAACAGCAGUGUAGCAGCUAACCCAGUCCCCGCGGUUUGAGCUGAAUAGAGAGGUAGUUCCACCGGUGCAGCUAUUUUUGCCCUGUCCAGCGUAGCCAUUGAAGAACUAUAAAACACAACGUCCAUGCCUCUCGCUAGCUGAAGCGGAAGCAGGCUUCAGGGCAGAGCUAGGCCUCAAAUCUACCAGGAAGAGGGACCUGCAGAGAGCAGGGCGAAGCGAAACCUUGCCUCACGCCCAAGAGGGGUCCCCGGGUGGCAACACGGACGGACGCGCCAUUUCACCUUGUGCAAAAGCCCCCCCCCUUCCUUUCACACAGCCCACCAGCAGCAGCUAUUGACAUUACAAGGAGCCUGUAGGACCGUGAAGCGAGCUUAGAGCAGCUUCACAAAGAACCAAGGGCCUGAAGAAGCAGAAAGAAUCUGCUCUGGCCAGAGCCAGAGGAAGGCGAGAAGAAAAGGAGGCUGGAUUUUUUUUAAAAAAUCAAAGAAAAAACCUAGAGGGAGGGCCUAAGAAAAUCCAAAUGGCAUCCUGCAUAGUAGUAAAAAAGAUAAAACAAUUGACUAUUUGCCUGCCCUGUAACGGUGCUCCCAAGAUCUGUUGCUUGGGGAAGGCUGCAGCACCUUGCCUAAUGGCAGGGCCGGGCCUGAAUUAGUGGCAUGAAGGACCCGGUUGGAAACAAGCGAAAAAAGCAUGUGGGAAAGGAGUGCAUGGGCUCAAAAAGCUGGUGGGCCAUGAAGGGCCAAGGAUUGGGGGUGAGGGUGAGGAAAGGACAGCAGGAGGCCUGUGAAUGGAUCUCCAGCUAUUUAAUAGCACCCAGGAUCGAAAGCAGUUGGGACUGUGGCUCUAGUGGACGGCUAACUCUUUUCCCAAUACUAUUUUCCUGGUGACAAUUCCUCCCUCCAAAGGUGUUUUUUGUCCCGCUGAGGGAAAUUUACCUUUCCUAUAGGUAAAUUGCAGCUUUUGGGGUGUGUGUUGAUAUUCAUCAGAAAAAUGUCACCGGAGGAAAGGGUUAAUCACCCCAGCACCCAUGAGCCCAACUGGAUGCGCCCCACCCAGCCGCUAAAAAUCAAAAUUAAAACAAAGAGUUUUAAACAAAUCACUGUGGGAAACACGGUAAGAAACCGAGGGAAGAUUCAGCAGUGUGGGAGACGUAGCGCACGACGUAGCAUGGCCAUGUCACUAUGUUUGCCAAAUAAUUAACACUUAAGAGGCCACUCAAACAUUGCCAGUAUGGGAACCAAAAGGGUUGUGCGGUUACAUCCUGUUAUGCUCAAGUGCAAUGAUAACCAGCCAUCAAGUAUCGCGGUUUAUGCAGAAGUGCCAAAGGACAUUUGACAAGCCUCUGUGGAGAGCAAACCUCCCUUCCAUGACCUCAAAAAAGCCACAGCCAAAUUAUGAGGGGAGGAAUGACAUAAAUAUAUAUAUGUGAGUUUAGCCCUUCAGAAGCCACUCUUUAAAGCAACAGGCCUCAAGGUAUUGGGGAGUAAACUUCACCAAACUCUGUGGAACUAACUUCUGAGUAUACACUGGCACGAUCGGCCUUUAAAUCUCAGCUCUCCGCAACAUUAGGGAAUCUCAGCGAGAGAGGGGGACAGAGCUAAACUAGAGUAAAGGCUUGCCCAGCCAUGUAGGCCCAGGCACAUACACCCUUAAUAUGCUCAGCCCAACUUUCCCAUCGGUCGUUCUAGGAAAGUCCAAAAUAUAAUCAGUAAAGGUUAUCUGGUAGCUUGGUUAGCCUUCAACUCCCCAAGCCACUAGGGUUCGUGAGUAUAUUGUCAGCCACCAGAGGACGUUUACCCUACGUUGGGGGCGGCAGGGAGGGCAAGAUGUGCCCUUGCGCCCAUUACGUGACAUGCGCGGGAGGAAUGGGAUCGACGGAAAUGGCAAGAUUGGUGGAGAAGGGAAUACAGUAGCUGUAAUAUAUAUCUGUAUUUUAGUACAAAAAAAAAAGUUUGAUACAGUGUUUCACAAAACCUUAACCGGAAAACAUAAAAAUUCAAGAUGGAUUGGAUCGGA